UGAUAUUUUCAAAUUAAAUAAUUUCUUUUUCAUUCUCUAUUUGUUACAAAAUACACUCUCUAUAUCCCUCAGAUGCAUAACGCUGCCAAAUAUGCAUAUAAAAGAAAACUAAACGAAGUGCAAAUGGCUCGAGGACGCUUAAAAACUGCCCUCCACGAUUUGGUUGCAAAUAGUGACGAUGACGAGGAAAUGCAAAGUUUGCCACAAAAAGAAAAACAACGCGGACGUCCCAAAAAAUCUAAAAUAGAAUUAGAGGAUGAACAAUCUAAUAAAAAUUCAGCAAACCUUUCAAAUGCUGGUAAUAAUCAAAUGCAUGAAAGUUUUGUUAUGAAAUUAUUCGAUCGUAGUUUGGAUUUGUCGAAAUACGAUGAAAGCACUCCUUUGUAUCCGAUUUGUCGUGCUUGGAUCGAUAAUACACCUCGUUCACCUUCAAUUCGAAGUUAUCGAGGCAGACGAUCGCCUACUCCACAAUCACGUGAAAAUGAUGGUGGAGAAGUUUUAGAGAAGUUACGUGAUGGAGAAUUGCAUGAAAUAACUUCGAUGCCAGCACCUUUGAAUACAGAUUUAUUUAAAAUUCCAUCAUCUUUGUUUGAUGAUGAAAAUGAAGAGGAGAGAAAAAAGACCGAAUUAAGUUUGAAAGGUGCAAGUAAGGCAGAAUUGUUAGCUGCACACAAACGAAGAUCGAAGAAAGUUCGUUUAAAUUGGCAGAAACAUUCGAAAAAGUAUUAUGAACAUAAAUACGAGCUCAACUUUCAGAUAAUUGAUGAAUUGUACAAAUGUUAAUAAACUUAUUUAAAACUUUUA